UGGAAAGAACCACAAAGCUUAUUAAGUAGGACGUCAAGGUUUCGGUGAUGCUUAGCGUUUACACAGGGAAAUAAUAUUUCAAGUGGGUUUGCUUGCGUGACAAAAGGAAAGGUCCCACAUUCUUUAGUCUUCUUCUAGUUCUUCUUCCCUCUGCUCUCUCUCAGAUCUAAAACCCAAUCCAUGGUUUAACCUUACAUAGUUUUAGCAGUCAAAAACCUCCACCAAAAACAACUUCUGGGUCUGUCUUGUUUUUCUGUUUUCUGGUUGAAAAACAGGCAGAGAAACAGAGAAAAGUGAGAUGGGGUUGGUGGGUGUUCAAGAAAAUGGGAAUGUAGAAAUGGGGUUGUCUAGUCUUCCAUUGGGGAGUAAGAAUAAGUAUAGGAGGAUGAACUCUGAGCUUAGCGAGGAUAACGAUGAUGCUUCACACCAACAACAUCAAGAGGACAGGACUAAUGGUACCAGGAAAUAUGUUUUGGCUUGUGCUGUCUUUGCUUCUCUCAACUCCGUUCUUCUUGGCUAUGAUGUAGGGGUCAUGAGUGGAGCAAUUAUAUUUAUUCAAGAAGAUCUAAAGAUAACUGAGGUGCAGGAGGAAGUACUUGUUGGAAUUUUGAGCAUUGUUUCACUUUUUGGAAGUUUAGCUGCUGGUAGAACAUCAGAUGCUAUUGGUAGAAAAUGGACAAUGGCUUUAGCUGCUGUCAUCUUUCAAAUUGGAGCAGUCAUAAUGACUCUUGCUCCUUCAUUCGAAGUACUAAUGAUUGGAAGAUUCCUAGCUGGGAUUGGGAUUGGCUUUGGAGUCAUGAUUGCCCCUGUCUAUAUUGCUGAGAUAUCACCCACCAUUGCUAGAGGCUCACUAACCUCAUUCCCAGAGGUUUUUAUAAACUUUGGAAUUCUACUUGGUUAUGUCUCAAACUAUGCAUUUUCUGGGCUUCCGGCACACAUAAAUUGGAGGAUAAUGCUUGCUGUGGGAAUCCUGCCUUCAGUCUUCAUUGGGUUUGCACUUUUCGUAAUUCCUGAGUCACCAAGGUGGUUGGUGAUUCAGAACCGAGUUGAAGAAGCAAGAUCAGUGUUGCAAAAGACUAAUGACAAUGAGAAAGAGGUGGAGGAGAGGCUUGCAGAAAUACAACUAACUGCUGGAACUGCUGAUGUAGAAAAUCACGAAGAGAAAGCUGUAUGGCGUGAACUGUUGAGCCCUUCUCCUUCAGUUUGCCGGAUGCUGGUCACUGGUUUUGGGAUCCAAUGUUUCCAACAAAUCACAGGAAUUGAUGCAACUGUGUAUUACAGUCCUGAAAUCUUAAAAGAUGCUGGAGUUGAGGGGAACACAAACCUCCUUGCUGCUACUGUUGCUGUUGGUGUUACAAAAACUGUUUUUAUAUUGGUUGCUAUUUUUCUUAUUGACAAACUUGGUAGGAAGCCCCUGCUCUAUGUGAGCACAAUUGGAAUGACUAUUUGUUUGUUUAGUUUGGGACUCUCUCUCUCUUUACUGGGACAAGGACAGGUUCGGAUUGCCUUGUCAAUUUUGUCUGUUUGUGGGAAUGUAGCUUUCUUUUCAGUGGGAAUUGGCCCUAUUAGCUGGGUUUUGACAACUGAAAUCUUCCCUUUAAGACUACGUUCCCAAGCAGCUGCACUUGGGGCUGUGGGAAAUAGGGUGUGCAGUGGCCUGGUUGCCAUGUCUUUCCUCUCUGUUUCCCGUGCAAUUUCUGUGGCCGGAGUCUUCUUCAUCUUUUCUGCAGCUUCUGCUCUUGCUGUUCUCUUUGUCUACACUAUUGUUCCAGAAACUAAAGGAAAAUCAUUGGAGCAGAUUGAGUUGCUAUUUAAGGAUAAACAUGAAUGGCAAGGAAGUGAAGUGGAGAUGGGAGAUGCUGAGAAUCUUGUGCGGAAAGAACAAGGAAGUGAAGUGGACAUGGGAGAUGCUGAGAAUCUUGUGCAGAAAGAAUGACUGGUUGAGGAGGUUUACAAGAUGAUCCAAAAUCUUUGAGGUCUAUUGACUAACUGGUUUGAACGAGGAUGAGGAGCGAUUUCCAUGUGAUUGCAGGAUGUGGGUUCUCAAAGUGGAACCUUUUCUGGCAUGAAUAAGCCUCUGCAUCAAGAGAAAUUCAGUAUCUAUCAGUCAGCAACCGAAGGGAGUACUUACCACACUAUAUAAAUUUAUUCUUCUUGUUCUGCUGAAGAGUGUAUUGAGAGCUUAUGAAUGUACAUCUAUUCUUGUUUGAUUAAUUUACCUUAGAAACCAUGAGAUAAUUGUAUUCAGAUUUGGGAGAUUAAGCUGAUCUGAUUUUGCUGCCUUUAUUACGAAUA